CGUUACUUCUCUCUCUCAUGCAAGGUCUAUUUUGUGCCAUUUCUUCAUCGCUGGAAGUGAAAGUGGCUACACUAUAAGCCCUGUUUGGACCAUCUCAGGUGCUGUUUGCUAUAAAAUUUUGAGUUUUGAGUAAGAGAAAGAAUUGUUGAAAAUGAGCAUGAACAAAUUUGGUUUGAAGGUUGAGGAAGGAAAAGAAGGAAAAAAUGGAGAGCCAUCUAUUGGUCCUGUUUAUAGAAAUCCAAUAGCUAAAAAUGGUUUUCCAUCAGCUGAUCCUGAUUUGUCUACAGCUUGGCAACUCUUUAGAUCAGCUGUUGAAAAAUAUCCAGGAAACAGAAUGCUGGGAUGGCGUGAUUUUAAGGAUGGAAAGUGGGGUCCUUAUAAUUGGAAAACCUACAAAGAAGCUUAUGAAGAGACUUUGCAGACUGGUUCUGCAUUACGGGCUCACGGAAUUGAACCUGGUGCUCGAAUUGGAAUUUAUGGAGCCAAUUGUCCUCAGUGGAUAGUAGCAAUGGAGGCUUGCAGUGCUCACAGUUUGAUAUGUGUUCCUCUCUAUGAUACCCUCGGAUCCGGCGCUGUAGAUUUUAUUAUUGAACAUGCUGAGAUUGAUAUCGUUUUUGUUCAAGAUAAGAAAGUGAAAGAACUUCUAAAUGCAGAGUGCACACAUGCUAAACGCCUGAAAUUGAUCGUGUGUUUCACUUUGCUACAGCAGGAAGAAAAGGAUAAGGCAGUUUCAAUGAAUAUCAAGCCAUACUCUUGGAAUGAAUUUCUCAACAUGGGUAAAGAGAAUCCAUCAGAGCCUUCACCACCACAGCCAUUAGACAUAUGUACAAUCAUGUAUACUAGUGGAACUAGCGGCGAACCUAAAGGUGUAAUAUUGACUCAUGAAAAUAUGACAGCAUCUGUAACAGGAGUUGAUCAUUUUAUGGAAGAAUUCGAAGACAAGAUGACAGUGGAUGAUGUGUACAUAUCUUUCCUACCACUUGCUCAUAUACUUGAUCGGAUGAUUGAAGAAUUCUUCUUUCAUAGGGGUGCUUCUGUUGGCUACUUCCAUGGGAAUAUUAAUGAGAUACAAGAAGACAUGAUGGAGUUGAAGCCAACCUUUUUAGCUGGAGUACCUCGAGUUUAUGAAAAAGUGCAUGAAGGUGUACUAAAAGCACUUGAAGAACUCAAUCCUUUCAGGAGGCACAUGUUCCAUGUGCUAUAUAACUUCAAGCUUAAAUGGAUGAAUCUUGGGUACAAACAGAAGUAUGCUUCGCGACUGGCUGAUCUACUAGCUUUUAGAAAGGUUAAGAAUAGGCUAGGUGGCAGGAUUCGUCUCAUAGUUUCCGGUGGUGCUCCUUUAAGCACUGAGGUGGAAGAGUUCUUGCGGGUUACCUCUUGUGGAUUUGUCCUACAAGGCUAUGGUUUGACAGAGACUUGUGGUUUGGCCACCAUUGGGCAUCCAGAUGAAAUGUGCAUGCUUGGAACUGUUGGUCCACCAUUUGUCUUCACAGAAGUUCGUCUCGAGGAAGUUCCUGAAAUGGGAUAUGAUCCGCUAGCAGACCCUUCCCGGGGAGAGAUAUGCGUGAGAGGGAGGACCACUUUCACUGGAUACUACAAAAAUCCAGAGUUGACAAGAGAAGCUAUCAAAGAUGGAUGGUUUCAUACAGGUGACAUCGGAGAAAUGAUGCCUAAUGGAGUUGUAAAAGUCAUUGAUAGAAAGAAAAAUGUUAUAAAGCUAUCACAAGGAGAAUAUGUUGCAUUGGAAUAUCUGGAAAAGGUUUAUGCUAUUGCGCCCAUCGUUGAAGAUAUAUGGGUAUAUGGGGACAGCUUCAAGUCCAUGUUGAUAGCAGUCGUGGCGCCACAUGAAGGGAAUACGAAGAAAUGGGCUGAUAAAAAUGGCCACAAAGGUUCAAUUACUGAACUUUGUUCCCUACAAGACCUAAACCAAUAUGUUCUCCUUGAGCUGAAAUCUGCUGCAGAAAGGAACAAGCUAAGAGGUUUCGAGAACAUCAAAGGAGUGAUUCUGGAACCUCAACCUUUUGAGUUUGACAAGGAGUUGGUAACUGCAACAAUGAAAAAGAGAAGGGAGAGACUGCUUAAGCGUUACAAGUUGGAGAUUGAUGACCUUUACAAAAGGCUUAAUGCAGCAGCUAAACGCUGAUAAGUUUUUGAAUACUGCGCAAUGCAUCUCUUCAUCAAUCCACUGCAUGAUCGUCUGGCGUUGUAACGUUUGAACUAUACAAAUUAUAUUGUUUUAAUGUCUGAUAUGGUAGUGAUUUGUACGAAUAAUCAUCAGUAUUAUUGUCUUACAUUUCUAAUUUAAGCACCCUUCUAGAGAGAUUAGUAGUAUUGGUUUUAUGAAUGGGCUAAUAAUUCUAAGCACUCAAUAUUAUGUAGACUUAAAUGGUAAUAUUAUACUAUUAAGUAUUGUUCACAAUGA